GCCUUGUCCCCAAGACCUGAAGUGCUAACAAAAAAUACCACAACAAGAUUCAAGAAGAAGAAUUAGAGAAAUGGCCAUAUUCUGUUUCCUUGUAAACCAGAGGAAGCAAGUCCGGGGGAGAAAGCCGGCGGCCGGGUUGUGUUCGAGAUGCGGAGGUGGAGCAGUGGUUGCGGACAUGAGAACCUCCACAAGAUUCUGUGGGGUUCCAUUUUACCGCAAAGCUUGGAAGGCUAUCGUCUGUCAUUUCUGCGGCGCUGUGCUCAAAUCUUACCACUGAGUCUGAUGAAUCGACGUUUUGCGUGUUAAUUCAUUUCUUUUUUGUUUGCCAUAGUAUGUCGCUUGAUAGCUUACCUUAGACUCUUUAGUCCCGAUGAAUUUGUUAUUCGUUUGUCUCUAUUUCUGACUAAGCAUUUGUCUCUCUCUCUUUCUUACUAAUGCAAGUGAUCCAUUUACUUUAAAA